AUGACCUCAAUGAGUCGGGUUGAACAAUUUGGGGCUGCUACUUCAGAGGGUCAUACUGAGAUGAUGAAGGAGAACGAGGUGGUGACUUGGCGCCGAAAGGAAGUCCGCAAGAAGAAAACCAUGGGUCAUGGAUUAGAGAAGAUGCUAAAUAGAGGAAAGAAGCUGGCUAUCCAAGUGGGUGAAGGGAAGAAAAGACCUGAUGUACCACUUCAAAGCAAAAGCUGGCAUAAGAAACUGUCUAGGUUGGAUGUGGACGUUAAGAAUGAGGGACCAAGCCUUGAUGCAUGCACUGAUAUCAUUAAGAGGGGAGUAAGGCAGAUGAGGUAUCACCUAAAAAGGAAGUACUUCGAUGAGUCACUGUCAAGAGAACAUUUGUUGGCCAAAGAACCUCCACCAAAGAUGAAGAAAGAGGAAUGGAUCAAACUAGUGGAGUAUUGGUGUGACCCAAAGAAUCAGGAGAGAUGUGCUAAGAAUAAAGUCAACCGAGGCCAAGUGCAGCUACACCAAAGGACUGGAUCUAGGUCCUAUAUUGCCCAUCGGUACAGCCUGAGGGCUAAGUACAACGACAUGGAACCUGAUGCUGUUGAUUUCUUUGGUGAAUGCAUGAAUAGUCCCCAAAGUGGUCGAACUCCUCUUGCUAAUGAAAUAUAUGCACAAAUGGUGGCAGAGAAGGAAAGAGAGCCAGAAGAAGGAGAAGCACAAAAGUCGCCCUCCAAGAUUGUUGCUGACAGUCUCAGCCAGAUUAGCCGUUCAUCCACCUUUCUUCCCAACACUGGUGUCCCUCGACCAUCGAAGACUGGCCGUGCCUCAUUGACAGCAGCACAAGCACGCAUGCAAGCUGAGUUUGAGGCAAGACUCCAAGCUGAAAGAGAUGAAGCUGCUUGGAAGCAGGAAGAAUUGCAAGAACAGCUUCAAGCUCAGCAGGCCGCACUUCAAGAAAACCAGAGUUUGCUGUGCCAGACCCAAGAGGAAGUGAAGGGGAUGCAUACCAAGUUUGAAGAGACUAAUGCACUGCUGCGAGCUGUCCUGAAACUUCAGAAAGAUUGA